CGCUUUCAAACUUUCAAACAUGGCUUCCAGACGCUUUAACCCUCAUCCCGAACUAUCUUCAUUAUGCCAGAGAUUGUGGGAUGCUGAUGAAAAUCGUCUUGAACCAGGAGUUGAUUACGAAAUCGAUCCUCAAGGCAAAACCCGCUACCAUUCACGUGAAGAUCGUGCCAGGGAUCCUCUCUUUACUUUUGUUAAAGAAGAAGUUUUUCAGCGUGUCACAUUUAGAAGAUUCAUAGCUUUACUGGACAACUAUGAAAGUGAAGGUGGACAGGGAGAAGUUGUCACUCCACACGAAAUUAAAGAAAACCAGUGUUUCAUUGAUGCUAUUAUGGAAACUGAGCCAAUGAAAAUUGCCCAUGAAUACCUGGCUGACAAAGGUCUUAUGCCUAAAGACAGAGGACAGUUUAAGAGAGAACUUUACAAGAUUUGGUUUCAGAUGUUCCAAAGAACAAAGGGAGUAAGGAAAUUGGACUCUUCUGGAUUUGAACAUGUCUUUGUGGGUGAGACAAGAAACAAGGCUGAAGUAAUUGGAUUCCACAACUGGAUACAGUUCUACUUACAAGAGAAACGAGGCUUUGUUGACUACAAAGGCUUUUUCCCUAGUCGAAGGAAGCGGCAUGUUAGCGCUGAAGAGGAGAGUAAAAACCAGCUUAUCACAAUUCAGUUUAGUUGGAAAGGUGAUGUGAAGCCAAUCGGCAGUAGUUUUAUUGGCACCAGUCCUGAAUUUGAGAUGGCAUUGUACACUGUUUGUUACCUGGCAGGAGAAGGAGAAGAUGUACAAGUGGAGAUUGAUGAUUAUGAUGUUACUGUUAAAGCACAUCACAUGGGACCAUACAUGGGAAGCUGUUAUCCACAAUGUUGACAAUACUGACACUUGUAUUACCUGGUCAUUAUGAAUUUGAUCAAUUUGAAAUAAGCAUAUCAAAAACAUGUGGCACUAUUCAAUAUCAGAGAAUUUACUUACAAAUAAUAAAUGUGGGGAAACUUUGAGGGUCUAGUUUUGUAGCAAUUAUAAUAUAUUCCAAGAAUUUCAUUGAAGCAAUUCAAUGGCAUAUUUUCCUAAAAAGUAAAACAGAUUGAACUUGUUCAUGUAAUAACUAGGAGUGUUAAUGUAGACCAUGUUUCUGUAUCUUGUGUAUUUCCUAUCUAGGACUUGUGGGAUUAAACAGAAACUUUAGUACA